CUGCGAACAACCCCAUCAACAAACCUUCCUCCUAGAGCCUCAUAACCUGACUACCAUACUUGCAUCCCCAAUACCGCAACAAUGCCUGACCCAUCGGUUCCUCAAUCCUACGAAAUCAGACCCGAUCCUCAAGCCUUGACUGGAAACAAAGAAGAUCCCAGCCAGAACGCAUCCACCGGUGUCGACUAUGAACCUCAUCCCGAGAAGAGCAUCAAGCUCGAGCCAGAAAGAGAAAAGAUUGUGAAGUCCAUCUGUGCUUUGUACUCUGGUAGUGCAAGUGAGGAGGAUAUGCAGGUUUAUGCCGAGAAGGCGGUAUACGACGAUCCUUGGUCAUACUGCGACACCCGAUACAAGAUUGCCGGUCAAUGGUACGGCAUCCCCAAAGUCAUGGCCAAGUCGCAAACCCUCAAGACCGAAGUCGUCGAGUCGAAACCCGAUCGCAUCAUUUUCAAGCUUCAACAAGAAUACACACCCAGAGUCGUUCACUUCUCGAAGCCCGUGAACAGCUUGAUCACCUUGACGUUGGAUGACCAAGGAAAGGUCAAGUACCACAAGGACAUGUGGAAUCACAACGACUACUCGCACGAGGGCUUGGGCAAGGUUAUGAAGACGCUGAAUGGUGACCAUUUGACAAAGAUCACCCAGCCGCCGGAGACUUUGUAGAUGACAUACAUGAAUAAGUGAAAUAAGCGUACUCUAGAAAUGUUGAAUCUACCUUCUUUAAACCUUGCGUAAUCAAGCCAAAGCAUCAG